AUGGGUGCAAAUGGAAGUAGUGCGAUUCAAGUAAAUUUCAAUCAUCCAAAUUUAUUCUAUUUUGCUGGUGAACAAAUAUCAGGCAAUAUUGCAUUUCAAAAUACAGAAGAAAAAUUAAUAUUAGAUGCAAUUUUUCUUGAAUGUGUUGGUGAACUUGGAUAUACAACACUAGAACAUCGUCAUUAUCAUGAUAAAGAUGGACAUCAUAGAACAGAACAGUAUACAAAAUAUCAUCAAAUACCAUUUCUAAAUUUUCGUAUUGCUGUUGCUCAACCUCAAUAUGGUCAACGUGAAAUAAUUCUUUAUCGUGGUCAACAUUCAUGGCCAUUUGAAUUUGUUUUACCCGCAUGUUUACCUCCAUCAUUAAUUCCAUCAACAAUUUCAUAUCCUUAUGUUAAAUACUAUACACGUAUUGUUCUUGAUAAACCAUGGUACAAACCAAAUGCUAAACAAGUUUUUCCAUUAACAAUUUUUCCUCGUGUUAAUAUUCUUCAUAUAGCCGGUGGACAACAACAAAUGCCUUUUUCAAAUGAAAAUCGAAAGAAAAUUCGAUUACAAGGAUGUUUAAUGAGAGGUGGUGUUGUGCCUGGUGACAAAAUUUCUAUUCAUAUUAAUCUUCAAAAUCCUAAACGAACAGAAAUUAAAAAAAUUGAAGCAUCAUUAAUACAACAUCGACAAGUUGCUCACAGUUGUCAUGCAGAAACUAUUUUUCGAUUAGAUUUACCUGAUUUACGUGAUUUUAAUGACACAGAAUUACAACGAACUUUUGAUCUUAUUGUGCCUGCCAUAUACUUAUCGCCUACUUAUACAUAUAUGUCACAAUCAUGUAGUGUAACACUAGGAGUUUCAAUUAACUACGAAUUAAUAUUAGAUGUAAAAGUACGUGGAUUAUUUACUGAUUUCAAAAUAAGUGUGCCAGUCAUUGUUGGUACUGAACCAAUAUCAGCGGAACAACAGCUAAUGAACAAUCCGAUCCAAAUACCUAUAGCUAGUGCUCCAGUAUUCGAAUAUGAUGAGCCACCACCAAGUUAUGAUGCCGUAGUAACAAAUCAGAAAAUGUAA